AGCACGCUUUUCUGUACGUAAGGGGUACAUGAGGUCAGAGCAAUGGACGCGUCUCAAAUGUAAACAGAGCUCGAGGAAGAUAUGAGGCUGUUAACUCGGGCAGUGCAGUGCGCAGUGUCUCAGAGGGAGAGCAGCCGCAGACACUUCUGGGGAUGGCUCAAUGCAGUGUUUAACAAAGUGGACUAUGAGCGGAUCCAGACGGUGGGUCCGGACCGGGCCGCCGCAGAGUGGCUGCUCCGCUGCGGGGCCAAAGUCCGGUUCCAGGGUUUGGACCGCUGGCAGCACGACUACAACGCGCUGCCGACCGGACCCCUGGGCCGCUUCAAGAUCCAGGGCAUCGACGCCACCGAGUCCUGCAUCAUGUACCGGGGCUUCGACCACCUGGGUACGUGAGCACAGUGAGAAAGAAAUAAACAA